AUUUCAUUUUCUAAGUUUAACGAAGGCAAAAAAGAAAAAAUCAGCAGCACCCAUCUAGGUUUAUCCCUUGCGCGCGUCGUCACACUCACUUUCGCGCCGCAGAUCGCGUCUGCCCAGUCGUCGUCCGCCCGUCGCCGCCGGCAAGCUUUUGUAUUUUCUUCUCCCUUUAUUUCCUUCACCCUCACGGUUUUCUUCAACUACACAGCACCCCUGUCGUCCUCAGCUGUUGCCUCCCUGGCCGCCGCCGCCGGAUUCGUGGUUGAGGGUUGAUUUGAAGAUUUUCAAGGUGUUGUCCAAGGUGAUUAAGGUUGUUUUAGCAACUUUUUGGGCAUUCUAGGGUUCACGAUUUCUGCAGACAAAAUGUCCUCAAUUGGAACAUCGAAGGGAAUUCUGGAGAUCGCCAAGUUUGGGAUUUAUGUUACUAUACCUAUCGUUCUCAUGUACACCUUUGCCAACAACAGCAAAAACCUGCAGAGAUUCAUGGGCAAAUCUUACAUAGUGUAUCCUCCCGAGGGACCAAGGCCUCCAUCUCCGGAAGAAGUAAGAGAAAUGGCACGCGAAUUGGCUCGAAAGAACAACAUUCGUUGAUGAUUUGUGGUCUUAUAUCUACUGCAAUCCAGGUCGUAUUUCUAUUUGGUUUGCAUGUGUUUAUCUGUUUGUAAGUGAUUGAUGACUAUCAUCGACACAGGUGGGAUAAAGUAAAUAAAGGUCAAGCUCAACUUCCUACCCAUACGGUUGUGUUUCAGUAGGGAAAAAGUAAACCUUUUAACCGUAAGAGCUAUUGCUCAACUGGGUGCAAUGGCUAUGUGAUAGAUAAUGAGAUAAAUAUUUCUGUUUCUAUCAUUACGAUGUCAUUGAAUUACCAUUGGUGCAGUUCUUCUUAAUAAAUAGGAACUCUAGAAUUUGUUUUAUCUUGUUAGUAUGGCUUGGUUUCAGGUUGUAAUUGUUUGUAAAUAGUUUUUACUAUAGCAAUUGCAAGACUCAAUAACGAA